GCACAUGCGCAGGAGGUCCUGGUCCUCCUUGGCCCGCUCCUGGGGCGUUAGAAACCUCUAUCCAGGGCUGGCUAGCUCCCUUUGCCAACCUGGAGGAAGUCUGGGGCCUUGGCUCCUACUGAGGGGCAGAAGAGAACACCAUGCAGGAUCCAAAUGAAGAUACAGAAUGGAAUGAAAUUUUAAGAGAUUUCGGCAUCCUUCCUCCGAAAGAAGAACCAAAAGAUGAAAUUGAAGAGAUGGUGCUACGCUUACAGCAGGAAGCAAUGGUUAAACCAUAUGAGAAGAUGACACUUGCACAGUUGAAGGAAGCUGAAGACGAAUUUGAUGAAGAAGACAUAAAAGCUAUUGAGAUAUAUAGAGAAAAGCGGUUACAGGAAUGGAAAGCACUUAAGAAGAAACAAAAAUUUGGGGAAUUGAGAGAAAUUGCUGGAAAUCAGUAUGUGAAUGAAGUCACAAAUGCAGAAAAAGACUUGUGGGUUAUAAUUCAUCUAUACAGAUCAAGCAUCCCCAUGUGCUUGUUGGUUAACCAGCAUCUUAGUGUCCUAGCAAGAAAGUUUCCAGAAACCAAAUUCGUUAAAGCCAUCGUGAACAGCUGCAUUCAACACUACCAUGACAACUGUUUGCCAACAAUUUUUGUUUAUAGAAAUGGUCAAAUAGAAGGCAAAUUCAUUGGAAUUAUAGAAUGUGGAGGGAUUAAUCUCAAGCUCGAAGAACUUGAAUGGAAACUAUCGGAAGUUGGCGCAAUACAGACUGACUUGGAAGAAAACCCCAAAAAGGGCAUUGAAGACAUGAUGGUGUCUUCAAUUAGAAACAUUUCUAUUUAUGACAGUGAUAGCUCCAACAGUGAUAAUGAUGCCAAGUAGAAAAAGUUAAUAAAUAGCUUUAAAGCAUAUGUAUUGAAUGCUUUAUUUCCCAUUGACAUUAUAAUAAGAUACAACGUGUAGACUUUAUUUUAAUUUUUAUGUAAAAAUUAUAGCCUAUAUGUCAAUCAAAAAUUUCUGAUAUUUAAGAAUAUUGUCUAUUGCAAAUAUGGAUUUUUACUCCUUAAUAUUAUUCUGUAACUUUUUUUUUCUGACUCCCGUUGGACAAAACCAACAAAUACUUCAAGUCCUCUGUAUAGCCUAUUACUUCCCAAAAGACCCAUGAAAGGAAAUAAACACGACUUCUUAAAAUAAAGUUAAUAUAUUUUGUAUGUAUGC